UGGUUGUUCUCCAUCCGUGUCAGAAUUUGUGUCGAAGUGCGGGAUGGCUGUGUAUGAUGUUGUAGUUGUGGGGGCUGGAAUUGAAGGGUCAGCCACGGCCUACAACCUCGCCAAGAAUGGUCAGAAAACGCUGCUGGUGGAACAGUUCCCACUGCCCCACAGUCGAGGAAGUUCCCAUGGACAGAGCAGAAUCACACGUGUGGCGUACGGAACAGACGAUCAUUAUGCCAUCAUGAUGAAAGAAGGCGGGAAUCUGUGGCGGGAACUUGAGCGAGAGUCUGGAACUCCCCUUUUCUUGAACUGUGGUUGUCUCGCUGUGGGAAAGCCGGAUCAUCCUUUUAUCAAUGGUACAAUAUCAUCACUGUCACGACAUGGAAUAAAACAUGAUGUCCUACAGUGCGGUGAUUUGAUGGACAGGUACCCGAUGUUGUCGAUGCCGUCCGAUCACAUUGGGGUGCUGGACCACAGUGGCGGAGUGCUAUGGGCGGAUAAAGCUCUACAGUCUUUCCAGAAAAUGUACGUUCAACGUGGCGGAGAAUUACGAGACGGCGAAGAAGUGACCGAUAUUUUACCGGGUUUAGUCAUCACGAUUAUGACGUCGAAAAGUCAAUACAAAGCGAAAAACCUUGUCCUGACAGUGGGACCAUGGGCAACCAAACUCCUGCCUCGACUUGGCAUUCACAUUCCACUAGAGACGGUUUUGAUUCCCGUGUAUUAUUGGAAGGAGAAACAGAAAGGCGAGUUUUCGUCCGAUCAUUUCCCUACAUUUAUUCACAAUGAAGAUACCCAUGUGUAUGCACUCCCAAGCCUCGAAUAUCCAGGACAUGUAAAAGUCUGUCAUCAUGAUGGUCCCAUUGCGGACCCUGAUAGUAGGGACAAGGCAGACACCCAGGCGAUUAUGAAACUGAUGCAGCAGUACGUGACCAGAUACAUGCCUAGUCUGGAGACCACGCCCUCCAUUACUGAAACCUGCAUAUACACGAAAACACCGGACAGACAGUUUGUGUUGGAUCGUCAUCCUACCCAUAAAAACAUCAUCAUAGGAGCAGGGUUUUCAGGUCACGGAUUUAAAUUGUCUCCUGUAGUAGGGAAAGUCUUAUGCGAGCUGGUAAUGGAUAAAACGCCUUCAUACGACCUCUCUCCCUGUCGAAUCGGCCGUUUCCCGCAGUCUAAAUCACAUCUGUAGAACUAAAAACGGGACAUCAUAGAUAGAAAACAUUAAUUUUUUUUUAAAAUUAUCGUGUUCAUGAUCGUUGUUCGAGAUGAGAGUUUAGUAAUACCAGUCUUUAUUAAAAAUUUAAGUGUUUGUUAUUUUUUAAAAUGGGUAAAACCAUUCUGAAACUAGAUCAAGUAGACAAAAUAUCUUGCGGGAAAUAUAUCCCCCUAAAAUAGCUAAAAAUGAUUGAUUCUAAGAAUUCGUGCUCCUGUUGCCAAGGAAGUGAAUGUCCUUGGAUACCAGACCAGUAAUGCUCUAAAAUCAUUUUCAUGUUUGUUUUGUAUUUAGUGGGAUAAAAUGAAAUAUAUAUUAACAGCU